AUGGCGCGUCGUGUCGUCCAUGUGCUCGCGUCGCUGUCGCUCCUCGCAGCCCACGCGUCGUCAGAGGACGCCGCGUCCGACGCCACUAUCUUCGCCACGCCCGCGCCUUUCCUUCCUCCCGUUGUCCACUCGGCUGUGUUCGAACGCGCCGACACGGACCACAAUGGCGUAGUGGACCCCACGGAAUUCUCUGCCUUUUCGACGGCGCUCCAGCACGCGGUCGAGCCAUUUCUACCUGGCGGGCCCAUUUCUAACCGACUCGACCACAACGUGCCCACAAGUGCCUUAAUUGUCAAAAAGGUCAAAAAGGACAAAAUCGACGCCAAAGGCGACGACGAGAUGGACGAAGGCGACGACAAAAUGGACGAAACGGACGCGGACACGCACGACGCCGGCGCGGGCGAGGGCACUGCUGGUGGCUGGCAGCACGUGCUCGCACACGCGCGGCCCAAGCUCCGCACGGCGGGCGCGCCGCUGUUCUGGUCGGGCUUUAUGAGCGGUCUGUUGACCAUUUGGGCCACGGAGAUUGGGGACAAGACGUUUUUUAUUGCAGCGAUUCUAAGCAUGAAGAAGGACCGCGUGGUCGUGUUUGCCGGUGCGAUUGGCGCGCUCAUUGUCAUGACGGUGCUGUCGGUGGUCAUGGGCGUUGUCGCGACCAAGUUCUUGCCCCCGAGCGUGACGCACUACCUCGGAGCAGUGCUGUUUGUCUUGUUUGGGGUGAAGAUGCUGUACGAUGCGAGGGAGAUGAAUGCAGUGGGUCCGUCGGAUGAGUUGAUUGAGGUGGAGGAAGAACUCAUGGGCAAGAAGACCGAGAAUGGGCUAUCGGCCGAACAAGUCGAGGAAGGCGUGGUCAAGCCGGAAGGUUCGACAGACGGCAUGAUUCAGGUGUUUUCGCAGACGUUCCUUAUGACGUUCUUGGCGGAAUGGGGCGACCGUUCACAAAUUGCGACGGUGACACUGUCUGCGACCAAGGACGCGUUUGGCGUGACGCUUGGCGCGAUCCUCGGCCACUCGAUGUGCACGGGCAUUGCUGUCGUGGGCGGCAAGUUCCUGGCCAAGCGCAUCUCGGAACGGACCGUGACACUCGUCGGUGGCGUCCUCUUUGUGCUGUUUGCGCUGCAUUCGUUCGUGACGGGUCCCGACGUAGCAAAGUAG